AUAAAAAAUGGCCACAAAGAAUUUGAUGUACGUUCUCUGUGCUUGAAUUUUGUUCGAAACUAAUACGUUUGUUAGCUAAAUCAAUGGUGUACGAUGGUGAAACCGAUAGCAGACUAAAAAUAAUUGUGUAAUUUUCAAAUAAAAUGCUCAAUAUAAUGCAGGAAAAGCGACCAUUGAAACGCCCAAAAUUGGGCCCUCCAGAUGUUUACCCACAAGAUGCGAAACAAAAGGAGGACGAAUUAACAGCAACGAAUGUGAAACAAGGUUUCAUAUCUAUGUUGUUCCUUCAGGGCAACGAAGAAUUCGGAACCGCUAGAAAUUGCAAUGUGACGGCCAGUAAAGUGGGAGCGUAUUUUAAUGCAAUAUUGGCACGACGUGAAGAAUUGAUGACAUUGCCAGAUUCAGGUCGUAAGAAGCAACAAAUCAAUGUGAAGGAUAACUUCUGGCAUGUAAGUAAUCGCAGUCGCGCCACUUUGGACAUUUGGUUUAAGGAUCUUGCGGGUAACAAACCGAUGACGUCAUUGUCCAAGCGAGCGCCUUCAUUUAACAAAAAGGAGGACAUUUUCCCGUACUUGUGUGAUAAUCAAGUAAGCAUGCAGAAGGCUGCGUGGUUUAUUAAACUGAAUUCAGCGUACACGACGGCUGUUUCCGAGGCCAAAAUUAAGAAACGACAAAUGCCCGAUCCAACCACCGAAUGGACUGGGACAAUUAUCAAGUUCAUGAAAGAUUUAAUACCAAAACUGCAGGAUCACUACCAUCAAAGUGCGUUGCCCGAAAAAACACAAAAUUUUUCGUCCAACGCGAAUACACCAACAAACAAUCCUACUGUUCCUCCGUCCAUGACUGUGCCGCAACCAUUAACCAGUCCAGCAUCGAACAUCCACAGUCCAGCAACGACGUCAACACCGUCAUCGAAUCAACAAGUCGGUUUCACUGUAGACGACUACAAAACGACGGUGCGACAGUGGACUUAUUGUACACAAUUGUGCAAGUAUAUGUUCGAAGAAGGACUGCUGGAUCGACAUGAGUUCCUAAAUUGGGUCCUGGAUAUAUUAGAUAAAAUGAAAUCGCAACCAUCGGACGACGGCAUUUUGAAAUUAUUUCUACCCAUGACGAUGCAAUACAUGCCCGAAUUUGUGCAAUCCGAAAGACUGUCGCGACGUCUUGCCUACAUGGUCUGUAAGAAAUUGUCUUAUAUGAUCUACAAUGCAUUGGAGGCAAAGGAAAAUUUAGCGGCCAUCGGUAAUUUGGGUGACCCAAGAAGUGAUCAACAUUUAAUUAAAGUCGAGGGUGGUGACAUAAUGAGUAAUGUGUCGCCGAUGAAUCACAGUGAGGUGAACAGUAAUAUUGCAAUGCCAUCGAAAUCGAAUGGAUUUAUGGAUCACCACCUGAACGACUAUCUUCAAUGUCCACAUCACCGCGAUUUAAUCAUACAAUUGAGUGCCGUUUUACAGGUCAUUACAAUUGAAUGUCCAACAGCGUUGGUUUGGUGUGGGCUUGGUGAAACUAGAGCUUCCGCGGCUUUAGUCGGCAGUCCAUUGGAUCAUAUCCCAAUACCACCGUCAGCGCUGCCGAUUCCCAAUAAAUCCAAUGCGAGUGUUGCCGAACUGCAGACACACCUCCGAGUAGCUGAAGCUAAUAUUCGAAAACGAUCCAGUCAUGCCGAAGCGAAAUGGUGCACGGACAAGUGGCAAAAUAAAAAUGGUAACACCAGUGCCAUCGUUUUAGCGUCAUUGGACGCACUAGAUAGCCAUUGUUUCGAUAGAAUGGAUACGAAUAACAAUAACAAUUUGGAGGCGUUAUACGGCCGCAUCUUUCAUCAUUCACCAUUCGUCGCUGUCAAGCAGGAAACGGGCAAAGGAGGAGAACUCAAGGAAACAAAAAUCGACUACGAUCCGAACAAGGAUGCACCAAUUGUUCAAAUUUUACUUAGUUGGGCCGUGUCGUCGCAACGAUUUGGAGAGCAUAGAGCUAUGGCCGUUGCAUGGUUGUUGGAUAAGCGUCAAUCAGAAGUCACCGCAUCCGAUACGGAAUCAUCGAAUGCUGACGACAAAGAAUCAAUCGGUUCGGGUACAGGUCUCUAUGGUGGCGUGCCAGUAUUCCAAAGUAUUCUAAUGAAUUUUCUGGACAAAGACGCGCCGGUACUGGAAGAGAAUGGCAGCAUUCAAAAUCGUUCGCAAUUUACAAACCUGGUGCAUUUGUUCAGCGAGCUGAUACGUCACGAUGUGUUUUCCCAUGACGCAUACAUGUGCACGUUGAUUUCGCGUGGCGAUUUACUGACGGGCAGCAGUUUGUCGAUGAAAAAUGCUACCGCAAUUUCGGCAGGCACAGGACCAGUAUCCAAUAAGACGUCACCUCACAAUCAAAACCAAGGACUGGACGACGACAUGUUCGACUUUAAACCGAAAAUGGAAGAGUUUGAUGACUCAAAUGUAGACGAUGACUUGGACAAAAUAUUGCAGAAUAUCAAGGAAGAUCAACAGAAUGCAAUGGAUGCUCCGGACAGUCCUAAAGAUUCGGAACAACAUCAUCACAGUGCUACUCAUAUGACAUCCGAUCCACCAAUUUCUCGCCAUUUUUUGUAUGCAAAACACUUUCCCCUAUGUCAAGACGAUUCAGUUUCGCAGCACGACACCAACCAGAGAUACAUUCUGUUGUUUGGCGUUGGAAAGGAACGGGACGAAAAGAAACAUGCAGUGAAGAAAAUGUCGAAAGAAAUCUGCAAACUGUUCUCCAAGAAAUUCAGUAUCGACGUGGCCGAAGGUGGCAAAGUGAAGAAACAUUCAAAAAGUGAAUUCAAUUUUGAAGCAACAACAAACAAAUGCCAGUCGAUGUCCUAUUUUGAUCAGCAUGUCGUAACUUGGCAGUGUGCCGUAACCGUACAAGAAAUGUUAAACAGUUUUGCAAUGGGCAAUAGCAAUUAUUUGCCCGUACAGGAGCAUGUCGCAUUUCUUUUCGACUUGAUGGAAAUGGCACUCAAUAUUUACGGUCUUAUUGACAUGUGCAUCCAGAUUUUAAAGGAGCUGCCAGAGGUUGAAUCACAGCUAAUGGCAAAGAAUUCCAUUUUGAUGAAAAGUUACACGACCUCAUUAAGUCUUUACGUCGUCGGAGUGUUGAGACGAUACCAUUGUUGCUUGUUACUAUCACCGGAUCAAACGUCUGCCGUCUUCGAAGGACUUUGCAAAGUUGUCAAACACGUCACGAAUCCGGGAGAUUGUAGCUCAGCGGAACGCUGCAUACUCGCUUAUCUAUUUGAUUUGUACUCGUCGUGCUCCUUGCUGAAGACGAAGCCACAGUCCACCGAACCAUUCCACAAUGCAUAUCCAAAAAUUAAAUUAGCUCUCUAUGCGCAACUAACACCAGUGGCAACAACACAAUAUUCCUGCAAACGUGACUUUAUGGCCGACGUUCUAGCCAAUCCACGACGUGGCGGCAAAAUUGAACCGUCUUGGGGACGCCAAUUAAACGAAUCAGCCGCAAAUCGAUAUUCGUUCGUUUGUAACGCUCUGAUAGCAGUCAGCCAGGAAACGGACAAUGAUCGACUGAACGAUAUAUCGCAAACAUGUGCUGAACUGACUGCUUGCUGCAAUUCGUUGAGUACGGAAUGGUUGGGUGCAUUGAUUGCACUGUGCGGAUCCAGCAACGAACCAUUUUACCAAGACAUUCUUGGCAAGAUUGACAUUCAAAAUUUGAGCAUUCAUAAUUCACUAGCGGUGUUUACAUGCAUUUUAGUCGCACGACAUUGCUUCUUAUUGGAAAAAUUUGUCUGUCAUGUGGCACUUCCACCGCUCGUAGCAUGUAGUGGGGGCAGUGGAGGAAGAGAAAUAACUCCGGAAGCAGAAGCUGGUGCACGUCUUUCCUGUCACUUAUUGCUAAGGCUUUUCCGAACAAUUGAAAUACCCCAGCCGGGUCUAUAUUCCGUCAGCACUUCGCCGAAUCCGAUAACAACUCCCGGACCGGCGUGCAAUAUAAAAUUAAGCUGCGAUCGACAUUUGCUUGCAGCGGCCCACAAAAACAUCGAUGUUGGUCCAGUUCUAGCCGUAUUAAAAGGAAUAUUAGUGGUUGGCGAUGCAACAUGCCUGCAAAAGGCUCCUUCCACAUACAGUAGUGGAAAGCGAAGCGGUUUGAAUACGCCCGUUCAUCCGGGUAGCACUCCGAAAAGUAUGAGCGGUCCACCAAUCGAUUUAAGCCACAUUUUGGGCACCAGCGAAUUGGGAACGUUUUGUGAUGGCGACGAACCAAUGCUAGAUCUAUCUCAUUUGACCAAUAGUGCUCAAAACGAAAACACUUCAAGUUUGUCAGAUUUUGCACAGCACGUACUGCGACAGAUCUGUUCACAGGAGUGGGUUUUGGAGCGAUGUCUACAGAACGCAGACGAACUGUGUUUGACCGGAUUUUUGAUCGACGAAAUGCUAACGCCAAAACAGGCUCAGCGAUUACUUCACAUGAUUUGCUAUCCGGAAAAUGAAUCGAACAUCAAAUCGGAAAUGGAUCAAAAAUCCAUCAUUGUUCGAAUUUUAGAGAAUCUCGAACAGUGGUCGCUUCGAAUUUCAUGGGUCGAUCUACAAUUGAUGUUCAAACAAACGAAUACAAACACCAGUUCACCAUCUCCCGAACUGAACCAUUGGCUGGAUACGGUCGCUCGGGCAGCUAUCGAUGUCUUUCACGUCAAACCAAACCAAUACAAACAAGACAAAUCAAAGUCAAUGUGGUUGGUUGCACCGUUGGUAUCGAAGCUGCACAGUUCCGUUCAAGGACGAAUUCUGCGAGUAGCUGGUAACGUUUUGGAGUCGACCAAUUUCUUCACAACGACGACGAAGAAAGUCAAAGAGGAGACAAACGAAGACAGCAAUGAGAGCAAUGACGGAAUGGAAAAAAUGGAAAAGCUUCGCGCACCUCAAAUGAGUCAUCAGGCUUUUUUGGGGCUGAUAUUGACCUGUCUAAAAGGUCAGGACGAACAAAAAGAAGGACUCUUGUCGUCCCUGCAUUCACAAUUAUCCCAAUUUCUACAAUCCAGCAACGAGCUCGAUGCUGUCGGUGGCAUCGAAUAUCCUCAAGGCCGGGAACAGAUGCUGGAUGCUCUUCAGCUUCGGUUUUCGCUGGUCGGCGGUAUGUUCGAUGCUAUUCAAAAGAACUCAACAGCCACAACCGACUGGGCAAUUUUAUUUGCACAAUUGAUCAGUCAAGGUGUCAUCGACUUGUCCACAAAUAGUGAACUGUUCACGACCGUGUUGGACAUGUUAGCAACGUUGAUUCAUUCGACACUGAUAUCAGAUAGUCAAUCAGAGCGUGACGAGAACAAGAAGCUGUACAUCAAUUUGAUGAAGAAAUUGAAAAAGGAACUCGGCGACCGGAACAAUCCGUCGGUGAAAUUCGUUCGUCAACUGUUGCCCUUAUCGAAGCAGACGUGUGAAGUCAUAGCAUGCGAAUCGGCUGGAUGUUUGACCGAUACAAAAGGGAAUAAAAUAUCUGGCUUCGAUAGCAUCGAUAAGAAACCGGGUCUAAAACUGUCGGACAAACAACGUGUGAAUGUCUGGGAUUUUCUGGAAGGUCAUAAAAAUCCAGCUCCUUUGUCCUGGGCAUGGUUUGGUGCUGUUAAGAUGGAACGACGACCAUUGCACUACGAGGAAACACAUCGUCUAUUAAAAUAUCAUACACACAGUCUGGUUAAACCGAGUAGCUAUUACUAUGACCCGCUUCCAUUGCCUCCAGAGGAUCUAGAGCCGUUGCCAGAAAAACCUAAAGAGGAAAAAGCGGAUACACCAUCAUCCGUUGAUCAAUCGCCGGGCACGAUUCUAAGUGGUCGCGGACGCGGCAAAGGUGUUAAACGUCCCAAGAAACCGAAGGCAACCGCACCAAUUCAACCGAUUCAAGCACAGCAACAGGCCAAUCAGCAACACCAGCAACAACAAAUGCAAAACAAUCCAAUGCAAAAUAAUCCAAUGCAAAUGAACAUGCAGAACCAGUUGAACCCGAAUAUGCAACAGUUUCAAUCGAAUCAAAUGCAAAAUCAGGGUCAAAUGCAAAAUCAGAAUCAGAUGCAAAAUCCGAUGAUGAGCCAGGUUCCGGGUGGAAUGAGUGGUGUUAUGACUCCGCAAGGACAACAAUCGGGAAUGGGAUUCGGUGGAGGACAGAUGCAAAUGGCACAGCAGCAACAGUGGCCGCAAGGAUUCAAUCCGAUGCAACAGCAACAACAGCAACAACAAUUUUAUAAUCAAGGAAUGCAGCCUCAGAUGAAUCGAUUUGAACGUCCGCAAAUCAACAACCAGUCGAAGCAAGCUCUGUCUAUAAUGCUUCGCCAAAGACAUCCACCGUUUAUUUCCGGCAAUCAGACCGGAAAUCCAGGUUUUAAUAUGCAACAGCAGCAACAACAUCAACAAAGUCAACAGCAACAACACCAACAGUAUGCAAAUAUACGAUCGUCACUUCGAGGCAUGAAUCCAGCACAGAUGGGAAACAAUCAGAUGGGCGGAAUGGUGCAACCAAUGGGUCCAGGAAUCAAUCCAAACAGUAUGAUGUCGGGUCAAACUGGUCAAAUGGCACCGAACCAAAUUGUUGCACAAAACCAACAGCCUGGCAUUGGCGGUAUCAUGGGUCAAACUAGUGGCGGUAUGAUGCAGCAAACUGGCAGAAUAACGCCCGCAUCAAUGGGACAAAGUGCCGGAAUGAUUGGUCAAAGUGGUAGUAAUAUGAUUCCGCAAGCCAACCGAACAAUGGUGCCGACAACGAUGAUGUCACAGCAAGCUACUGGAAUGGUACCACAAGGGAUGAACAGUGCUGGCGGUGUUCCGGGUAUACAGCAAGGCGUUCAGGGUGGUCAACAGGUCCAGGGCGGAAUUUUUCCUGGAACUCAGCAAUUCGGUGGAAUGGCACAGAAUUUCGGUGGCAGUUAUAGCAAUCAAGGAAUGCCGCAGCAAUCGAAUCUUCAACAGAACAUGCAAAUGGGUAGUUUUAAUCAGAUGAAUGCCCAACGUAGUCAAGCCGAAUUUCUGGCUCAGCAACAACAACAAAGAAAUUUACAACAACAGCAGGUUAAUCAACAGCAAGUGCAAGCCAAUCGUGGCCAAUUUGCGCAACAAGUACCGAAUGUUACAAUGAACCAAGGCAUGAAUCAAGGUAUGAACACAAUGGUUGGACAGGGAGCACCGCCAUAUCAGAGACAACAGCCAACUGGGAAUCCACAACAACAACAACAACAAUUGUUCCAGUCACAGCAACAACAACAACAAAGAUUGCGACAACAACAACUUCUCAUGCAGCAGCAGCAACAGCAGCAACUGGGUAUGGCUCAGCAAGGUGCCCAGGGAAUGCAGCCAAAUCAAGGUCAAGGCUUGGUAAGCCAACAAACACCAGCCUUGGUCGCUCAACUGCAGCGACAAAUGCCAAAUCAGCCGGGCGGAAUGAUGAAUCAGCAAUACUCACAACAGCCGUAUUGAUUGUCUGAAAACUAAACAACUUAAAAAAAAACAAACUUUGAGAUAAGGCUCUAUACUAAGAAAUCCAUUUUUAUAUUUAUUUUAGACUUCCAUUCAAUAAUUCAUUUUACUAUCAUUUUUUAACGGGACAUUAAAGAUGAAAUUAACUUUAA